AUGCAAGGAAGAACAGGGAGCUAUAGACAUGUUAAAUGGAACCGGGAAGACAGUGGAGAGGACUAUACAAAGACCGAGGUCUACGCUGAUGAUGACCAGGGCCAGCAGCACCGGCUGACCCCUUUCGAGAAGCUUACUCGGGACAUGUCCCAGCAUCAGAAGGUGGUGAAAGAAUUAACUCUAGGGAAGAGGAUUGGAUUUUACCGCAUCAGAGGGGAAAUAGGCACUGGGAAUUUCUCUCAGGUGAAGCUUGGGAUCCAUUCUCUCACCAAAGAAAAAGUAGCUAUCAAGAUUUUGGACAAGUCAAAAUUAGACCCAAAGACUCAGAGGUUGCUGUCCCGUGAGAUUUCAAGCAUGGAGAAGCUGCACCACCCAAACAUCAUCCGGCUUUAUGAGGUGAUGGAGACCUUGUCCAAACUACACCUGGUGAUGGAAUAUGCCAGUGGAGGAGAACUCUUUGUUAAGAUCACAACAGAAGGGAAGUUGCCUGAAUUAGACAGCAAGCUCAUCUUCUCCCAGAUUGUGUCUGCCGUUAAACACAUGCACGAGAACAACAUCAUCCACCGGGACCUCAAAGCCGAAAACGUCUUUUACACCAGUAACACUUGCGUGAAAGUCGGCGAUUUUGGAUUCAGCACCGUGAGUAAAAAAGGGGAAAUGUUGGACACUUUCUGCGGCUCCCCUCCUUAUGCCGCCCCAGAACUCUUCAGGGAUGAAAGCUACGUGGGGGUUCACGUGGACAUCUGGGCCCUGGGAAUCCUCCUGUAUUUUAUAACGACCGGCACAAUGCCCUUCCGAGCAGAAACUGUGGCCAAACUGAAAAAGUGCAUUCUCGAGGGGACGUAUGUCUUUCCCCCAUACCUGUCGGCGCUUUGCCAGAAGCUGAUCCAGGGGGUUCUUCAGCCUGUCCCGACGGAACGCUACUCCAUUGAGCACAUCAUGAACAGCGAAUGGAUGCGGGGUGUCCAACACCCAAAGCCCUUGGAGCCCUUUAAACUAAACCCCAAGUACUUGUCAGAGAAUGGAGCUCUCCGAGAGGAGGAAGCAGAGGUGAAAAACAUCCUGAACAAGCUGGGGAUCACAGAGGAGCACAUUCAAAACAACCGCGGGAGAGAAGCCCAAAGCGCGAUCACAGGGAUCUACAGAAUUAUUUUGCACAGGGUGCAGAAGAAGAGGGCUAUGGAGACUGUCCCUAUGAUCACUCUACCAGAGCCCAGAGAUUCAGAAGUAAGGAAAGGUCCUGUUACCAUUCGGGGCCUCAGACAUUCAUCAAAACUCUGUUUGAUUUUAUAA